AUGCAACAAAAUAAGUUACGAGAAAUAGAAAAAAUGCACAUGCACUCAGACACUCUCCCUGCCAUAAACAGCAGCAAUGCUCACUUGCACUGCGCACGGCAGGAGACUAUUUCUUUAGAUAGCACAGCACUGAAAGAUUCAGUUACCAUAUACUAUUUCAAAGGAGGGUUUAUUUUCAUACCAAACCCUCUGCGAGCACAGGUGAAGAAUGCGAUAGUAAAAACAGUUCUUACCGAGCUAUUGUACCCUCCCUAUAAAAACAGCAUAGACAGAUCGUUGGACAUAGAAAAUGCAGAUAUUUACAAGGCAUACCUGGAAAAGAAAGAGCUGCAGAUAAAGCUCAUAGAUGCGCCAAAAGCAAAUAUAAAAAUUCGGCAAGAUCCAUACGCAUCGCAGGAGGAAAAAGACAUCUACAACUCAGGAAUAAUAAAAAUAAAGCCAGAAGAGCUAAUUAAAAAAAUAAGAUGGAGCAGCAUCGGGAUAUACUACGACUGGGAGCUGAAGGCGUACGACAAGUCAAUUGUGUCAGAGAUCCCACAUGUGAUACUCGAGACAAGCAAAGAGAUUUCCGAGAAAAUUUGCAAAGUCAGCUUCACGCCAGAAACAGCAGUUAUAAACUACUACCAGGAAAAAGACAGAAUCAUGAGCCACAUCGACAGAUACGAAGAGGACAUGAGCAAGCCUCUUAUUUCCUACAGCUUUGGAUGCUCCUGUGUCUUUGUGCUUGGAAAAAAAGAAAGAACAGAUCCGAGCGUAGACACUUUUUUACUGGAAGAUGGAGAUAUUGCGAUUUUGAUGGACGAAUCACGCGAGUAUCUGCACGGAGUCCCAAAGAUACUCAAAAACAACGCGGGAAUGAAGGACUAUGCAGACACAGACUACUCCAGCCUCAUUUCCAGCUCGCGAAUCAACAUAAGCAUACGGCAGGCCUAUAAAUACGAAGACGCAUAG